AGUCCUGCUGGCAUGAGGAUUUAACCCACUGCGCCACCAUUAUGGCAAGUAAGCUGUUGGCUCGUUUUGAUUUCCUGACUUGAAACAAUUAGUGUUCCAGUAAGAGACCAGAAGAACCACUUUUGGGACUAUCUCCAGAAUACUCUAUCCAGCAUGGGAGUUGUAGUUUAACAAGGAACUUUCCCACACUUUAGUCACGAAUGAAUAAAAAGCAAGGAAAAGAAGGAAAACCAUUUAAACAUGUCUGUAUUGCUUGAACUGUAACUGUUCUCUCUCUCCCUUUCAAUGUCCCCUUUUUAGAUGAGGAGUGUUCUAUUUAAAAUGACGCCUUUCUUGAUCUCCUGUGCCAUGUAUUUUGUACUCCUGGUCCCUGAACCCAGCAUCCUCGCCACUGUUGUCAAGUGCCUUCCAACCCUUUCCUUGGCGUUCUUUGUGGCCAGCCAGUCCUAUAGUGCUGGAGCCUGGACGGCGUAUGCCCGGAGGCUCUUCCAAGGACUGCUGUUCUCAGCUGUGGGAGAUGCCUGCCUGGUGUGGCCUCGGCUUUUUAUUCCAGGGAUGGCUGCCUUCGCUGCCUGCCACAUCGCCUACAUCUCAGCUUUCGGCUUCACUCCUUUUCGGCCUCUGAUCCUCAUCGUCGUUGCAGGGCUGAUGACGACGUCUUACAUCUCCUUGCUGCUGCCAUGCUUGGAAGGCAUCUUUCUGUGGGCUAACACAGCCUAUGUAGGCCUACUUGGCAUCAUGGCAUGGCGCGCCCUUUCUCUCCACAAAUGCCAGCGGAGUGCUUCGGUCGGCAGCGUGAUCUUCGUUGUGUCCGAUCUGUUUGUCGGCCUCGAUAAAUUCUGCUCCAACGUGCCUCACGCCCGUGUCUUCAUCAUGUCCACCUACUACAUCGCCCAGGGCUUGAUUGCAUUUUCAGUGGCCUCUCAAAAAGUCCCUCGGAAGGAGACCUGAGCCUUUGAAUGGGACACUUGCAUCAACAUUUUUAAAUAGUGGGAGAACUCAGGAAUUUGCACAUUCCAGCCCUCUUUUAUCUCAUUCCCUCAAGAGAGCCAUCUUCAUUUCGGGACAUUCCAACUGCAUCGUCCAUUAUGGCUUCUGAGGCAUUGUCUACAUAAGGCAUGGGCAAACUUGGGCCCUCCAGGUGCUUUGGACUUC